GUUGACCAUUCGUGUUAUACCACAUCACAACAUUCAGAUUAUUUCUGCAACUGUUGAUGAACCAUCCGUGUUCGAUGCUGGCCACCUUUUACCUGCAGUAGUCGUAAAGAUGGACUUGGAAACAUGCUCAUCAUUUACAGAUGUUUCAA